GUAAAAUAUUGCAUCAGUUACGCCAUCUCUUGUUCAAAAAGAAUCACUGAUCAAAUCUACUUCUUUUAUAUAACUUUACUAUACUCUGCUGUAAAGUAAUCGUUUGUUUAACCAAAAAUUAUUAUUCACUGUGUACGUCAGCUAAUUCGAAGUAAAUUAAGCAUGUUGUAACGAAUGUAACAGAAUUUUUUACAAUAAUAAAAAAAAAAACAUGAUUUCACCGAGUCAAUCGAUAUUUGUAACACUUUUAUUAUUGUUUUUUGCUUUUGUAUGCUUAUCAUUACCAUUCAAUAAAGUUGUGAGUGAUAAAUCUUUCGAACUUUCAAUCAUUCAUUUCAGCGAUUUUCAUGCAAGAUAUGUUCCUGUUUCACCGUCUGGCGGUCUUUGCCACGAGAACGAAAAAUGCGUCGGCGGCAUCGCUAGAGUAGCAAAUAUAGUUCAGCGUCUCAAACAGAUACGUAAAAAUGCCAUAUUUUUAAAUGCCGGAGACUGUUUCGAGGGGACCUUGUACUAUGGCAUCUAUCGUGGCAAUGUCACUGCCUACUUCAUGAACGAACUGCCACAUGAUGCAAUGACUAUUGGGAAUCAUGACUUUGAUGACGAAGUAUCAGGUUUGGCAUCGUUUUUAAAACAAUUACGUGCUCCUAUCGUGGCCACGAACAUCGAUCGGAGUCAAGAAGCCGAAUUGCGAGAUCUUUACACAAACAGUACAGUCAUUAGCAAAGGUGGCAAGAAUAUUGGCAUUAUUGGUGCAAUUUUUUCCGGUACUGACAAAAUUUCAUCAACUACCGGCAAAGUAAAGUUCUUGAACGAAGUUGAAACCAUAAAUCUCGAAGCUAGGAAAUUAAAAGCAAGAGGUGUCAAUAUUAUUCUCGUCUUGAGUCACUGCGGUAUCGAUCGCGAUAAAAUAAUAGCUAGCAAUUGUGCCGACGUAGAUGUAAUUGUUGGAGGACAUUCGCACAUACUACUUUAUAACGGUAAAGCACCGUCUAACGAUAUCGUUUACGAUAAAUAUCCAGUGGUUAUAUCGCAAAAAGGAAGCGACAGAAAAGUUUUGAUUGUCCAUGCCAGUGCAUUCACAAAGUAUAUGGGCGACAUCAGAAUUGUUUUUGACGAGGACGACGAAGUAGCUCAUUGGGAAGGCGACCCAAUCUAUUUAGAUUCAUCUGUUCAAGAAGAUCAAACGAUCGUCAAAGAACUGGAACCAUGGUCUAUUGAAGUCGAUAAAAUAGGUAAACGAGUGAUUGGGGAAACUAAAGUAUUCUUAAACGAUUCUUGCUAUGCUGGCGAAUGUAAUUUAGCAAAUUUAAUAACGGACGCGAUGGUUUAUAUGUAUUCUACCAAUUCGUCAAUCGCUUUGACUACUGCGCUUCACACAAAGAAUAGCAUUCCUGUAGGCCCUAUUUUAUACGAAGAUUUGUACAUGGCAUCGCCUUAUAAUGGCACUUGGGAUUUGAUUGAACUUCAAGGAAAGGAUUUGUUGCAGGUACUCGAAGAUAACGUAGCUAUUAGCUCGGAUAAUUCAAGCUUCGUCAACCUCAAGCUACUUCACUGGUCUGGACUAAAGGUCACGUAUAAUCUGAGCAAUGAAAAGUCGAAACUCGUCAGCGCUAAAAUUAGAUGCCUUGAGUGUAAAGGCAAGUUCGAAGAUAUAGAUGUCAAUAAGUGGUAUCCCAUCGUUGUAUCGGAUUAUCUGCUUACAGCGGCUUUUGAAAUCAUAGCGAAAAAGCAUAGAAACCGCUUUGUUGGACUUGUUCGCGAUCCAGAUAAUUUGGCUGACUAUAUGCAAAAAAUCAUGAAGUCUGUUGAAAUAAAAACCGAGGGAAGAAUGAUCUUUCUGUAACUGAUCGGUGAUUUUAUCUACAUGAAAAGAUUUUUAUGUUUCUUUUUACAUAAAAAAGAUAUUUAUACAAAUUAUUGCUACUACAAUAAAUACAAAUAAAAAAGCGCACUUAGUACUAUUGAUGCAUACCGUAUUUUUUGUGAAGUCCGAAUGUACUAUUUUCGCGUUUUCGGGCAAUAAAAUACUUCAUUGUCCCAUGCUCAUAUUAUACUGAUGGAUACGCGCGCGCGCACACAAAUACACACACACAUGAUUGUAAAAUUAAAUUGAAAAAAAAUGUUGCCAGAUUUAAAAAACUCUUUGUAACACUAACUAGAUGUCUUGUUUUUGUUUUAAGCUUUUUCCCUCACUGCGAUUCGAGUUAACAUAUAUCUAGUACUUACACCAGCGCUUUCCCGGCCACCUCCGAACUAUACUAAUACUAUGUCACUAUAGGUAUAUAUGGCUAUAUACAUUCCAUAUGCACAUGCAUACAGUGAUUAAGUACUGCAUUUACUCCAUAACGAAACAAGUAAAAAAAUGACAACAUUUUGAGGGUCCAAUGUCAGUUUAACACAAUCAUAAAAUAGCUUUUAUUUUAAAAAUUAAGAAAAAAAAAAUAACAUAGCAGUCAAAAGGUGUGCAUACAUUGUAUGUACAUAUACGUAUAAAUAAUAUCUGUGAUUACAAAUGUACUAUAUAAACUUUCGUGAAAUUCAACCUGUGAUAGAUUUUCAAUUGGUGCCUGUAAACAUUUGUUGCAAUAUAUAAAAAAAUCUCAACUGAAAAAAAGAAAAGAGUUAGAGGUCUCUGGAGUGAAGAAAAUAUGAAAAAUGUUCUUCUAACCAGACAAUUAUCCCUGAAGAUGACUGCAAAGGUUUUUGAAAUACCAAUUGCAACUUUGGGAAGGCGUAUAUCUGAUAUUAAAGCUGGAAAGAAAGUCAGUUUUGCACCUGCUAUGGGCAGAUUCAAGCCAACGUUCAGUAAAGAAUUGGAAGAACAAUUGGUGUUAUACGUGCAAGCCUUAGAUAGAGAUUUAAAGCCAUUCAAAAGGGAUAACUUCUUGAAACUCAGUUAUGACUUGGCCUGCCAUUUGAACUUGCCACAUCAAUUUAAUUCGCAGCUAAAGUCAGUAGAAAGGAAAUUUUAUUAUGAUUUUGUGAAGCGGCAUCCGGAUCUUUUUACACAAAAGCAAAAUUAUGCAGCUUCGAGAAUUGCUGCUAAAUAUUUACGAAGCUUAAAUCCCAUUGAACCAGAAAUAGAAAUAUUAGUUGGCAGUGAUUUAGAAUUAAAGAUUGCAAAGUGUAAUUCCCACUGUUGAUAAAAAUAAUGAUUGUUCAAAAAGCUUGAACAGCAAUAAAUUUAAUCUUAAAGUACCUACAAAGCUCAAUAUUACUUCUAUGUAUGAAGAUAUUCAAAAUUGUGAAUCUAUACCAAUAGUAAAAAAGAUAAAAACUGA